GUUCAAAGAGCCGGAUGAAGCAUCUGUAGUUUGGCUGUUUUCUGGUGAAAUUAUCCAAAGGAUCAACAGGAAGCCAACAUGAGAAGGUUAUCUCUCCACAUUAAAGUCUGUAUUUUAAUAACUUUGGUUCUGAUGUGGACGUGUGGUGUGGCAGAGCGGGAGUACUUCCCCCAGGCCAGAAAUCUCACUUGGGAUGAGGCCAGGAACCACUGCCAGAUUUGUUUCAAAGAUCUGGUGACUCUGACCCCUGACAACACCCAGGGCAUUGCCCGUAAUCUCAGCUCUGACCACUGGAUCGGCCUCCGCAAGAAUUUCUACUCCACCUUCAACUCUACUGUGUUCUGGACUCGCUGGGCCAACGGGGAUCCCCUUGCUUUCCAGAACUGGUACCCUGGUUGGCCUGUGUUCAAAUCCCCCCCCCCAAAACAAGCCUGCUGCAGCUGCUCCUGCACCUGCCCGGCAACGACACCAGCCCCAGCAACGACCAGCCUGGCCGCGUACACAGAAUUUAUAUCCCUAAAUACGACGAGCGAAUUCGGAGAUUUCAUGACUGAAAACGUGACGGACUCAAGCAUCUUCACCACCACUGGCCAAAAUUUGACAAACAAUACCACGCACAUGGACUUCACAGCAGAAUGCGUGCGCUCGCCUAUGCUGCCGCCCGAUGUCCCAGAGACUGAUGAGAACUAUAUAGAGGACUCUUGUGUGGCCAUGCUUAGCUUUGGGGCUUGGGUUGAAAAGAACUGCUCAGAGCUUCUGCCUUUUAUUUGUUAUGAAGAUCGUUUCUUUGGCCAAGCCAAUGUGACGAAUGUGACGACUGGGAACGCCACUCUCUCAUGGCUGAUGGGACCUGGAAACAUCAGCCAUUACCGCGUAGAGGUCAGAGGUGACAUUACAAUGACGUUAAACCUGACCAAUCUGACCUAUGACCUUUUAAACCUGACAGCGGGCACCCGCUAUUCAGUCCAUGUGUUCCCUGUUAAAUGUGAUCGAGACCUCAACCCACAGGAAGUCACCUUCUACACCAUACCUAACAAAGUCACAAACCUCGCUGUAACCAAGGUGACGGAAACGUCUGUCUUUCUGGCCUGGACCAAAUCAGAUGGAAACGUGAGCUUCUAUGUUAUCAAGGUCAACAAUACGAGUAAAGAGAGUUACAAUGAGAACGCAGAGGUCCAUGGUUUGAUACCUGGAAACCUUUACACAUUCGUGGUCCACGCUGAAGUCCAAGACAGAUCCAGACAAAGCGAAGAAUCUACAAUCUCAGCAUAUACAAAGCCGGGCAAAGUGUCCAACCUGAGUGUGUCUGAGAACACCAACACAUCACUGCUGCUUACCUGGGAUCCACCUGAGGGAAAUGCCAUGGCUUUCAGGGUGGUGGCUAUGGAUGACAGUGAUAACGAAUUGUUUAAUAAUGGGGAACACAGCUCAACUCAGACUCAGCAGGAAGUGACAGGGCUGCCGAUGGGCACCAGGAUAACCCUCAGCGUGACGGCACUGGUCAAUGGCACUCUCGAGGGAGACAACGUGACUGUCGUCAACUACACAGUUCCUGAACCGAUUUCCAACCUGACAUUGAAGUCAACAAAUAACACCCUCAAUGCUACCUGGAUCCAUCCUGGUAAUUACUCGUCUUUCACCGUCCAUCUCAAGCUGGGAGACCAAAUUGUAUGUAGUGAACAUGGCCUAACACAACUUAACAAGAGCUUUUACCAGCUGAAGAAUUCAGCCAAUUACACCGUGAUUGUCUACACCGUUAGUGGACAUCUCCAAAGCCCCCCAGUGGAAAAGUCCAAAUUCACCUUGCCGAGUCCGCCAACUGACGUCAGUGUCUCUUCCUCCAAUACAACCCAAAUCACCUUCCAGUGGAAGCCCCCUGAGGACGCAGGAAAAGUCACCUACUUUGUCAGCCUCAACUCCAGUUUCUGGGGCUACAACAAGUCUCUUUGUGUUAAGGAAACCAGCCACAUGUUUGGUGACUUAGCUUCAGGGACCAAGUACAGUUUUCAGGUGCGAACAAUGGCAGAUGAAAGCAGAAGUGAGGCGGAAAACUGUUCACAUUAUACAGAUGCAGAGAAAAUGGAAAUCAGCCUGUCUAUGCUGUGCUCGUCCUCUGAAGCCCUCCACUGUGCUAAUGGUACUGUGAAGGAAACUGUAUUCAAUAAGCUAAUGACAUAUUUUGAAUCACGGUUGGGGGACAGUAUUUUCUGGAGACUCCAGAAGAAAGAGAGUGAGAAGUCUGCAACCUAACGUGUUUGUCUAGUUUUUAUUGGUAUUAGUGAAGGUAUUUUAGACGUAAGUGUUUUCUGUCUCAGACACGUUAUUGUUAAACGCUUUUGCAUUGUCCUGCUGCCCAGAAAAUUAUUUUACACACACACACACACACACACUGUUUAUUCCAAUUUUACAGGUUCACUCAAUCACAAGACAAUAUUUACAAUCAACUCUUCUUAAAAAGUAUGAAGCAGUUGUGAAGACUUUUUUUUUCUCUUGGCCAAAGUUUAAAAUCACUGUAAAAGAAUAAAUUCAGCUUCUGUCCAUGA